ACCGUGCAGGCCUUGUCCCUGGUCUGGGGGGAUUCGAGUUGUAUCGCAACAUCAUAAGCACCGCCUUUUCCUCGAGGCAGCCAUUUUCUCCCUUUGUUCUCUUCCAUCUUUUUACUCCCCGUCGGAUUCAUCAAGCGGACACUUAGGCCUUCGAGUCAACCGGGCAGCCCAAGAAAAGAACUGAACUAAUCUAACUCUCUUCUCUCUCUCUCUCACUCACUAAACCUACCCCUUCUUUCCGACUAAUCGAGCCCGAUAAGGCUGCCAUCCCCCCCCGCAAUCCAUCGCAAUGGCUGAUCGAAUUUCCUCCUUCACCAUCACCCAGCCCUUUCUGGGCGCGCCUCUCCAAUUCAACCCUCCUCUGGGGUCUCAGGAGCUUGAGGCUUUGAUCGAUGCUUACGUCGUCGGUCCUGCCCCGAAGCAGGACAAACUCUCCGAAGUCACAAUUGACUUCUACAAUCAUGCAACCGUCGACCUGAACACCGGUGCGCUCGUUCGCCGUUACCAGGUCGUUCUCUCGCACCCAGUCUUUGAGCAGAGCCCUACGCAAUCACAGCCCGCGGGAUUAAGCCCUCCCACCUUCACUCCAUCUCCCGUCUCGUCAGCGACGUUCGGCGAUUCUACAUACGCCUCCACCAGCCUGACCCCGCCAAGCAGAAUACGCAAUGCGCGGGUGUCGAAGAAGCCAAAGCGGGAUCCCAAGAAGGAGACCAAGAAGGCCGCCGAAGUCAGGCUCCCGGGCUUCUCCAUCAUGACCAAGGACGGCGUGGAUAUCACCAACUCGGCCGGACGAGGUAUCAAGACCAAGGAGCAGAGGGAGCAUGCCCAUCUGAUGCGCAUCAUGAAGGCAUGCGAUGAUUGCAAGAGGAGGAAGGUUCGAUGCGAUCCCUCUCAUCGACGAUCACCCAACGACAUGUCAAGAACUUCAACUUCCACCUCAACGACUACUACUAAAACCUCCUGUUCUAGCCAUCCAAAACCCAGUCCAACGGCAGGACCUCCAGCAACUCAAGAAGUAUCACCUGCUUCCCAGGAGAGCAUGUCUUCCUUCGGUUCCAACGCAAUUGAUGAUUUCGUCCUUUUUCCAGAAGACACCCCGUCCUGGAACCCAGCAGACUUGGCGCUCCCAGAAUUCGAGAGCCAAGACUACGGUUUGAUUGACGCAAACUUUGACAUCAAUGAUAUUGAUCUCAAUGGUUUCUCCACCGUGAACAUGGACGCUGAUCAAUCCCUCGAUGUCUCGUUUGAACAACCAUGGGGCUUCCAGCUUGAUCGUCAAUUCAGCUAUACCCCAUUCGUACCAGAUCAGUAUGGCCUAGAUCCAUGGGUAGAACCGCAAGGCUACAUGCCAAUUUCUCACUCGAGACCACACGCCGCGGUAUCUGCGCAAGGCUCUGGACAGCUUGAUUCAAGCUGGCACUCGAGCGGCUUGCAAGGCGUAAUUUCAUCCGGUCAUCCACAACCGGGUGCGUUGACAGGCGAGCUUUGGCCUGAUUAUUCUGUGGCCCACUCGCAACUAUCAGAAAGCUCUGCUGCUUCUGCUGGCUCCGGUGUGGAUGUAAGCCCGGUAAUUUCGUCUUCAUCAUCCUCUUUCUCCUCACUAGAUUGGGGUGUAUUCGAUUCAAGUGCAAGUCAAUCACCGCAAGUGGAAGAUUCCUCUCCGGAGUCAUCUCAACCCACGAAUAGGAAGGCCCGCCGGAGUCACAAGAGAAGACAAAACGAUGCGGUCCAGGAAAUGCUCGAUCUGGUUCCCUCUCACCACGCUGAUCAAUCUCGUCUCCUCGUGGAUUCACCUAAUCAACGGCACCCACAACCUUCGCCACUUGGACACGCAGAUGAUCUCGGUCAACUCUCUCCGAGAUUGAGCGACAACUUCUCGGACAAUUCGAUCAUCGAUAAUACUUAUGCUGUAGUAGUCCAAUCGCUCCAGGCAUUCAAGUCAGCUUCGGCUGAGCAUCGUACCCUUUCGGGCGAACUUGAAGGACUUCGCGAUACCCUGCAUACUCUCGUAUCUAGCCAUGUUGACGGCCUCUCUUCGGGUCUUCCGGAUUCAGCAGUGUCACUGCUUCAAACUUUGACACUCCAACUCCAGGUUUCAGUCUCCCGUGUCAAGAAUGCGGUGCCGCCCCGCCGCCCACACUACAGCCGCUUAGAUCCAGACUCCAAUCCUGGCUAUCUUCGACAAUGCCAAGCCAACACAAUGCGGGUCAUCCGGUCUCUGCGUGCUGCAGUUGUCGGUUUGCAAGCACAGAAGUCUGAGCCCUCGACAGAAGAUGCCCGUGUUCUUACUUCCGGCUACAACAAGCAUCUUGUUUCGUCAUCUGAAAGUCACAACAGUGGCGCUCGCCCACAACGUACCCCGGUACAGCUACUGGCCGACAGCAGCAAUCGUGAGAUAGGUAGAACUCAACCAGUAGCCACGCUACAUAGCGGCAUUCUAGCAGACCUUCAUGAAACCAGACCAGGUGGCCAAACACAACAGCUCUUACCUGGAGUCAACAACGACAAGCUCCUGUUCAACCCUGGCAACUUCCAUGCCGGAGAAUCCAAGCCUGCAGAGACUGCAAGCAUUUCGCCCGCCCAUGCUGCUGCAGCAAACUUCUCGCUCGAGAAUACCUUUGAUCAAUCUUCUCUUUCCUCCACCCAAGCCGUGGUGGCCCAGAAUACUGUUGACAGUUCCCAAGACGCUGCACCUGCUCAAACUCGUGUAUCAUCUUGGCGGGGUGUAACUCCCCGGACUAUUCGGGACCAUGGCUCCGAAGUUGGCUUUGUUGACUCGGUUCGUGUCGCAUUGCAAGUACCUGGGGACAUUUCUGUCGUACAAUACUGCAUGCUCGUCUUUGCACUCAUUGCAUCGCUGUACAUGUUCAAGCAUCUUGAAGCACACUCUGUACACAUUUCAUACAGCUGCGUGCAAUGGAUUUCCCUCGCCGCGGCCGCACUUCUCCUUCCGCAGUACGAAAAGCCCUCCAAGCCUCUGUCGCCUAGGAACGGUGCCCGAUCGUUCAAGCCGAUGGCCAUUGCACUUUCACUGCUCACACCGCCAACCUUCUCCACCAGCCAUCUCAAAACUGUACGCCCACCUCAUCUAUCCCAUUCCGCACAUCACAAACUAACACCAAGACUAGCCAUCAAAGCAAAACCCCUCAAAAGCCUCCCCAGAAAUGGGCAUUCCGCGCGGGCUGCUGCGUCUCAGUUCGAGAAUCUGUCUAUAGAUCACGUCUUUGACUGAUUAAUUGGUGGAAGGUAGAUGGAAGAGUUAUGGGAUUGUUUGGGAUAGUUAGUAUCGAUUAUCGUUGAUUGAUAGAUGAUCGCCAAUAUAAUACCCAUUCAUUCCCGCUUCGCUUCCUUGUUUUAACUUGUAUCUUGUUCUGCAUCUACGGAAUAAGAGAUGUGCGUUCUCGAGUAAAUCUCCUCGUCGAUAUUCUCAUCUUGAAGCAGAUAGGCAGAUACUUGACUCGAGGAAGUAGGUAGGUAUCCAAAUCAGAAGAUCC